AUGUAUUCUGUAUCCAAAGCCAAACUAAGUAUUUCACCUUCCAACAGCAACGAAAGACGAGCAUGCAGAUCACUUGCCGCAUGCUUGUAUGUCCUCCUCCGCUUCAAAAAGAAGGGGAGGAUGAAGGGAGACAAGGGAGACUCCCCAUCUAUUCACCCACCACCCAGACUCCACAGUGUGGAGAUGUGCAUACAACUGCGCCAUUGCACUGAGCGCAUGUCCUGUAUGCAUCGAUUUAUGAACGUGGCUGAGAGUGGCGGGGAUCUGGAUUUAACGAAAUGA